AUGUUUGCAGGAUUAAUUUUUUUUUUUACUGUUGUUUUCAUAUUAAACUAUAUAGAUUAUUUUAUCUAAUAAGAUAAUUAUCAUCUUUGUUAAGGUAACUAUAAAUAAUUAUUAAUAGCUUAAUUUUUUAAUGUAAUAACAACUGUUAGCUUUUUACUUUAAGGAUUAUUCUUAUUACAAAUAAAAUAAUUUACAAGAUAGAUUAAUAAAAAUAUAAAGAAUUUGUAAAAUCUUAAUGAUGAGACUGAAAAAAUUAUAAAGGUAAUUAAAAAAAGAUUGAGUUAAAUUUGGUAAACUAAUUAUAAUAAUUUAUACUUAGGAUAUUAGUAAUUAUAAAUAUCAUAGGAUCCUUUGUUAGUUUUGUUUAAAAUAUAUAUUUUGUUUUGAUGAAUGAAAUUUUGAGAAAUCAAUCUGAAAGAUACACAUGUUAUUAUGUUAAAGUAAAUAGUUAUCAAAGUUUUAGAUAGAAGAUGAUCCGAAUUUGACAAAUAUUAUAAAUACAACUUUAGAACUUUCAGAAAAGAUGUUAUCAUUCUUUCUACCUUAUUUUGCUGCUUUGAUAAUAUUUUGGCCUAAUAAAAUUUAAAAUUAAAUUACUGAUUCCAGAUAAGAUAGUGUUGAAAUUACAGUUGAAACCUAUGUCAUUCAUACUCCAGAAUUAUCAGAUUAAUCUUCAAGCAGAGAGUGA